AUGCCAACUUGGAAUCAAAUUCAAUCACAAUUAAGGAAUCCAAAUAAUCCUGUAGUUUUCUUCGACGUGACAGUAGGAACCACUGAAAUUGGCAGGAUGAUUUUUGAAUUAUUUGCAGAUGUUGUACCAAAAACUAGUGAAAAUUUUAGAGAAUUUUGUACCGGUGAAUAUAGAAGGGAUGGGGUUCCAUUAGGAUACAAAGGGGCCACAUUUCAUAGGGUUAUUAAAGAUUUUAUGAUACAAGGUGGAGACUUUGUAAAUGGUGAUGGAACAGGAGUAAUGAGUAUUUAUGGAGGGAGUACAUUUGCAGAUGAGAACUUUGCACUAAAACACGACUCACCAGGACUUCUCUCAAUGGCUAACAGUGGCAAAGAUACAAAUGGUUGUCAAUUUUUUAUAACAUGUGCAAAGUGUAAUUUCUUAGAUAAUAAACAUGUAGUUUUUGGAAGGGUUAUAGAUGGAUUAUUAGUCAUGAGGAAAAUAGAAAAUGUACCUACUGGUCCUAAUAACAAACCAAAAAUUCCUGUAACAAUAUCACAGUGUGGUCAGAUGUAA